AUGCCGCCCAGAAGACCACCUCCACCGGCCAGCAAGCCCUCCAAUGGCGAAGGAACUCCCAUUACAAGUGUCGAACAGGCCACUAUCGCAGGAGCUUCAGAAACUCCUGCUGCGACUCCAACACCGUCGGCUUCUUCAACACCUGCCCCUACAGCACGGAUGACUCCGGCAUCGCGAGGAAGAGGGAAGCCAACCGUCGCACCUAAAUUCGCAGGACGUCGAAGCGCCACCGAACGUCAAAAGAUUGCAGAAGCAGAAGCGAAGAAGAAGGCGGCAGAAGCAGAAGCAGCCGCUGCACAGGCGAAAAAAGAUGCACGAGAGGCUCGAAAAUUCGGCUACAGAGGCAAUGAUCGGGGGAGAGGUGCUGGAAGGGGGAGAGGUAGAGGAGGACACAUGGGCGAUCGAGUAAAGGAAGAAGUCGUCGCCAGUGGUCCUUUUAGUGCUGGGCAGGUCGGUGCUGAUCCCAAGGCAGCCUAUAGCAGGAGAUUUGGGAGUGGAGGUGGUACGUCUAGCGCCUUUGGUGGAGGGGGAGGAGGCGGUGGAAGCAGUGGCGGUGGAGGUGGUGGUGGAUCAGGUGGCAGCGGUAUCAAGAGAGAAUACGGCAUGGGAGGAGAAUAUACUGCGAGACCGCUCAGGACCGAAGAUGGCGGUUACAUAUCCAGCGAUGCCGAGGAUGCGGACCCUGCUAUGCCCAAACAGGACAUCGAUCAGAUGCAGGUCAUUGAUCUGACUGGAGAUGAUGCGAAGGCGAGACGAGCAGAUGCUCUUGCACCUGUCCGCCUAACGCGAGUGCCACAUAAGGACCGCACUGUUGGUCUGAGCGCAGAAGAUGCUGUACCCGUGGAUAGUAGCGAUUCUGCCGAGCUAUCAACAACCGAACGGAGGAAGGGAAAGCAGCGAGAGAAGGAUUUGGAGAUUACUGGCUCGAAGGACAACACUCGCCCUGCGGCAUACAGCUMCUCGGACACCGAGAACGAACCACACAUCAAGGCAGAACCCACCGAUGACGAGCAUCAGACGCGGCCGACAACUCCAAUCCCGUUCGAGGGCGAUGGGAUUACAGCGGUACCAGUACCCGAUUCAAUGCAAGACCCACCAUCUUCGCCCGAGACGAAGCGCAAAGCCAAAGAGAAGAUCAAAGCCAUCGCAGACGCCGUCGACGAUGAGGACGAUAGUGACGCUCCUCUGCCCGAGCCUCCUAGAUUCCAAACCCAGGCAGAAUUGGACGAGUGGAAACGGCGCUACAAAGAUCUGAAAGACGUCCGCGCCGAGCUCGGUCGCCAGACGCGAAGGAACGCUGCCACCGCUGAUGGUGAUGGCGAUGGCGAUGUGACCAUGGCUGAGGCCGGGAUGAGCACUCUCUCAAUGGAGAAAACCAAGACUCAGGAGGCGAAUCGCGCGAAUCAUGUCUACCUUUUCCAAUUCCCGCCUGUCCUACCCUCCCUGACGCCAGUCUCCGUGAAGCCUGAUCCCGAGACUGCUACAGCAGAGACACAAGAUGCUAUGGAAGUCGACACCGCGGGCGACGCCGAGAAGGAAGAGGAGAAGGGGACAGCCAAGAAAGACGACAAAAAGCAUCCUCACGGGUCCCUCAACCUUCCUCCCGGCCUGGUCGGAAAACUACAGAUCCACCGGUCCGGAAAGGCGACUCUGAAUUGGGGCGGGACUCCUUAUGUAUUGACCAUGGGUGCUGAUUCAACAUUCUUGCAGAAUGUGUUGAUUGCAGAAAUCCCGGAGACGAAGCCGAUUCCCGAUCCRCCUAAUGACAAGGAUUCCGCGGCGGAAGCGGUGAGGAUCAAGAAGGAGGCUGAGGAGAGGGAAAGGGAAAAGGAUAAAUUGCCAGAAAUCGGGAGGGCGUUAGGAAUGGGCCAGGUCAGGGGCAAGUUUGUGCUGACGCCUGAUUGGGGGCAGAUUCUCUAA